UACUGAUAUUACAAAAAAAUAGCAGUAAAACGGCCAUUGCUACCAAAUGGGCAAUAAUUCAUGGCCAAAUUAAAACAGCACCAGUUAAAUUCAUUCAGUUAUGUGAUGAAAAAAAUCCUGUAAAGACAGCUGGGCCAGAAUACUGGUACAUCUUUAGAAAGAGCCAGGCGUAGGAGACAGUUGCUACGUACAAGGAGUCGAAGUGCAGAUGCUGCCAGCUUUAAAUGAGGCAGCCUAGUGGGGCAGUGGUUAGUGAGGCAAUAGAUGUUUUCUUGGAAGCAAGCAACCUGAAGGCAAAGUUUUUCUUUUUUUGCGAGGGAGGAGGAAACAAACAAACCAUAAUCAAUAGUUUGCACCUAGUAUGAAACCAGUCUCUGGUUUGUUUCCACUCUAGUGUGUCAAGGUAAGGAGUACGUAGUGGAGAAGCAAAUCGGAGACAUUUGAGCAGUCUGCACCUACAUGCUUCUUAUCCAUAUUAAAAAUGUAAUGUGUGUGAACUAGGUUUGUAUGCCAACCAGUUCUGAAUUGCUGUUCUGGAAUGAAAUUGGAUUUCCUGUUGCAAUGUUUUCCCCUUAGACUUUUAUGGAUUACAAAGUAAUACAACAUGGCAAAACGUGAAGCUUUUCUACAGGCUGCUUUUAAUGGUGCCAACAAGGAGUUCUUGCAUUUUAUCCAACUUCACAAAGAUGCAGCAGAUCCAUUUGAUUUGAAUGAGUUGUUGCAAGAAUUAUCUAGGAAGCAGAAAGAAGCAUUGUGGGAGAAGUUAACACAGUGGUUGGCACACGUUUUAGUGGAAGACCCAAUAGAAGAAUGGCAGAGAGUUGGAGAAGACUGUGAUGAUAACUUGGAAAUUGAGACAGCUGCUAAAAGGGAAGAAACCACAGCUCUCAUCCAAGGUGUCGCCACUGUAAUUACUACUUCCAUACCCACAGUAGAUGAAAAUGUAAACUUCAAAGCUCUUUUAGAAUGUGCACUGAUAUUAAAUGGCAUUCUUUACACAUUACCUGACUCUGAAAAAUCUCUGCUGGGAGCCAUCCAGUGCCUUUGUGAGCAAUGGUGGGAGAAGGGACUUGAAGGAAAAGAACAUUUUGGGAAAAGUGCUUUCAUCAUGCUUCUGAAAAAGAGUCUUGAAAAGAAAAUUGUUGUGGGUAUGGAUAUAGUCCGUCUAUGGCAUCUUCACCGGGCUUUACUGUGUUUUGAUUAUGACUCAGAGGAGAGUAAUGAAGUGAAAGAUUUGUUACUCCGGUGCUUUAUGAGUAUUGGCCAUAUUAAAAAAGAAGAGGGGAGAAGAUUCCUGAGUUUUCUUUUCACAUGGAAUGUGAACUUCAUUAAAAUGAUACAUGGGACUGUUAAAAAUCAGCUGUUGUGUUUUCCUAGGUCUCUGAUAUCACACAUUGCUGAGGUUUAUUUCAGAGCCUGGAAGAAGGCUUCAGGGAAUGUACUGGAGGUGAUUGAACAUAGUUGCAUUCAGGAUUUCAUGCAUCAUGCAAUUCACCUCCCCAAGAAGUCUCCAUUAAACUCUAAAGUGCGAGAGUUGCUGAUCUAUUUCCACAAACAAAACAAAUGUCGUCAAGGAGUUGAAGAAGUUGUUUAUAGACUUUAUCAACCAAUUCUUUGGAGAGCAUUGAAGGCCAGAAACUCGGAAAUCCGAUCAAAUGCAGCAUUGCUAUUUAUGGAUGCAUUUCCAAUUAUUGAUCCAUCUUUUAAUAAAGAAGAUAUGGAAAAUGAAAUCCAAAGGCAAUUUGAUGAGCUCUUUACUCUCUUAGAAGAUCCUCAACCCCUAGUCCGCUCAACAGGUGUGCUUGGUGUUAGUAAAAUAGCAUUCAAAUAUUGGGAAAUUAUUCCUGCAAAUGUGCUUGCUGAUCUCUUGAAAACUCUAAUUGAAGAUCUUGCUUUUGAUGCAGCUUCAGCUGAUGUUCGAUGCUCUGUUUUUAAAUGCUUGCCUAUAAUUUUGGACAACGUACUAACCCACCCAUUAUUGGAACAGCUCCUGCCAGCCCUGAAAUACAAUCUCCAUGACAAUUCGGAGAAAGUUAGAGUGGCUUUCGUUGAUAUGUUGCUGAAAAUUAAGUCUGUCAAGGCUGCUAAGUUCUGGAAAAUCUGUCCUAUAGAGCAUCUCUUAACUCGCCUUGAGAUUGAUUCACGGCCUGUGUCCCGGCGCAUAGUAAAUCUCCUGUUCAGCUCUUUCAUGCCCAUCGAUCAACCGGAAGAAGUGUGGUGUGAGCGCUGUGUCACACUAAUCCAAAUGAACCCAGCAGCGGCUAGAAAGUUCUACCAGUAUGCUUAUGCGUACACCACCCCAACCAACAUAGCUAAAUUGAUGCUUACCAUUCAGAGCUGUUUGAACGCCUGUAUCCGGCAGGGAUUAAAAACUUCUGACAGUGACGAUGAAGACAGUGAGAAAGAGAACAUGAGUGUGACACAUAAUGUGAUGUCAGUUGAUGACAUACCUUCCAUGGCAGGCUUACUUGAAAUAAUUGUAAUUCUGUGGAGAAGCAUUCAGAAAGCACUUAAUCGCAACGAAAGAGCCAAAAACCAUAUUGUCCGAAAAUUUGCUUCUGUACUAUCUGAAUAUUUAAAAGUAUUUAAGGAUGAACGUUGUGUGUCACCAAUAAUUGUCCUUGCAUCUUUCAUGACUUCUGCUGCUAUUCCUACAUUCAGUUGUGGUGUGGUCUCUAAGCUGAAGAAUCUGGAAAAUGGUGCCACUGAAAACAAAUACUCUUCCCUGCUUGACUGUCUGUGUCGUUGGGGUAAAGUGGGACACAUUUUUGAAUUAAUCUAUGAUUGGAUAACUGCUGAGCCAGUCAGAAGAGAGAGUAACGGCACUUCUGAACGGCGAGUACGUAUCCAGGAGACACAUGAGUCGAAACCAGAAUUGGCGCUUGAUUAUAUGGAGUAUUUGCUGGCUCAUUACAUGAAUCGGGAUUGUCUCCUGUCACUCCCCAAAGAGAAGCUGGACCAUCUUUUGAAAGCUCUAGAAGCUGCAAAGGAUGUUCUAGGCUCUUCUAGUAGAGGAUCUGAUGCAAGACCUCCCUUUUACCCUGCAACUGCACAGAGAGCCUUCAGUCUGUAUUGCAGAUUAAAUAUACAUCUUCAAUAUAAGUUUGCCUCUGAAGGGCAGGAGUACCUGUCAGCUUUGGAGAAAGCAGGAGUUUGGAUAGAAAAUAGCAUUCUGCCUGCUUUUGAAAUAGAUGAAGAGGAAGGCAACAUAGAGCAGCUCAGUGAAACCUCUCAGCUGGUGGUUCAGAAUUACCUGACAGUUUGCAAAGAUGUUAUAGCUGUUGGCCUUGGUGAUUCAGAAUUUCAAGCACACCUCCUGAACUUGACCAUUGCCGUCAUACACACAGACAGAGGCUAUGUCUGCAUUCCAAUGAUACUUGGUAUCCUGAGAGAGGUGGUUGAAGCUUCUUUAGCCCAUAAUACUGAUAGCAGUGACUGGAAAGAGCUUCUUGACAAUGUUCAGAUGAUGUUCCAGAAGAUUCUAGAAUGCAUGGCACUGAGACUCAGAAGACAGCGUGAAGAAGGAAUCCAGUUCAUUCAUUCUGUUCAGGAGCCUCUUCGAGAAUUUGUACAUGUGGUUCAGAGUUGUGCUUUGACUUGCCCAGCUGUUCACCAUGGAAUCCUUUCUUCUCUGCUCGCUGCAACAGUAGUCGAGACAGGCUACACCUUGCAAAAAAAGGCGUCCACUCCAGAAGAGCUGAUUCAACCCAAGUCUUUUUCAGACCUCCCCCCACUUUCAAGCAUGUUGAUGGCAAUAGUGAACAAGUCAGCAAAUGUGGUCAGAUCUUUUCUAAAUGAGUUAACAGAGUCCAUUGAGUCUGAAGAAAUUGAAGGGAUUGUCAGCAUUGCAGCAACUGUGUACAUUGUUGCUUUAAUUAAAGCAGGUAAGCAUAGGCUAUCAUACAUAAAGGAUAUAGCAUCUGCCCUUCAGACGAAGUUAACAUCAUACAGCGAGAUUAUCAAGAAAGAUGGUAGCAGCAUGCAAAGAACCCUCUAUGAAACGGCUCUGCUUGUUUUGGAUGAAAUGAUAAGUCCUUGACCAUGUAACUAUUUAUAUAAACUAAGGAAACAGUGAAGAAGAUGAAUUACACCCCUUUCAGAGAGCCAAAUGACUUAACUGUGCAGUGUUUUGCCUUGAGUGGGAAAACCACACCACUUUGCUUUGUGCUUCCUUGUCACGGGACUGCUUCCAUAAGUAAUCUUUAAAGACAAAAUCAAAUUGUACAUUCAUUUUUGUAAGAAUUGUGAAGAAAUACUUUUAAAUGCUAAAAUAUUUAAAUGCUAAAAUAUUUUUGUACAAUGCUUUAAAUAUGGCUUAGAUCCUUGAGUUAUCUUUUGUAUAUAUUUAAAAAAGAGCUCUUUUGAAUGGCAUCCAGAUCUUUACAUUAAAUCACUAUGCAAACAUCGGUUGAUUCACAUGAGGCAUGCCUGAUCAGCACCAAAACCUUUCACACAAUGUAACUGUUAAGUAAGAAAUGUCUUAACUUAAUUUUUAAUAUGGUAUUUCACAUACCGUUAUUGAAUUCCGAGUAAAAAAGGUUUCUGUAAUAGGGUCUCCUCAGCUACUGCAUGCACACAGUCACAGGUUUACAUCUUCACAUGCCAGUGCAAAUAUUCCAUUUGUCUUAGUUGGCAAAUGGUACCUCUUCGUCUACAAUAGGAGUGGGGAACGUGUGGCUUUCCAGAUGAUGUUGGACACUUACUCCCAUUUAGCCGAACCAGCAUGGCCAAUGGUCAAAAAGUUGCCAUCCAACAACAUUUGGAGAGUCAUAGUUUUCCUAUCCCUGGUCUGUGGCCUUGUAGGCAGAAGCAGAUGCCAAUCUAGCAAAAGGACACCCACAAAGAAACAUCUCCCUUGUAGUCAUUCUAUUUCUCUUUUGCUGCACAUUCCAGCAGGCUUCUUAUGAGAC